GACUCUCGAAAUGAUGUUGGCUGACGUUGAAGAGGACUUUACUGUUGACAAUGUUAAUUCGAUACAACAAGAUCAAAGUGUGAAAAGUGGUUUUGCAACUGCCAAAAACAAGACAACACUGAUACCAGAAACAAAUCAAAGACACAUAAAUAAUAAUAAAAAACAAUUAUUUACCAAAAAACCAGCGUUAACAUUAAAUUUUAGUCAUCAAGAGAAAGCUUACCCAGCGUCAUUAAAAAAAACACAAAACAAUGAUAAAUACACUACUCAAACUAAUAAAGACACGGCUUCCAUAAUGGAGAAAGGG